AUGAUGGCAGAGUCGAGCACCGCUGGAAAGGUGGGUGGCGCGACAGGGCGCGUUGGCGGGACGCCCAGCAAGGGCAGUGAUAGGGCGGGUGGACGCCAGCACAGGCCCGCGCAGAAGGGGGCAGCUGCACCCGGGAAACGUAAGCGCUCCAAUGCGCCAUCGGUGGAGGAUAACGAGCGAUAUGUUGUCGUCAUCACAAACGUCGAGAAUGACUUCGCGAAGGUGCAUGAGGAGGCCAUCCAGCGGUACUGUUGCCUUAACGAGCAGCACAACCGUCGCCACCACAGCCGUCAGGGCCAACAGCAGCAGCAACAACCCUCCACACCCGCGGACGGUGACUUGGCGGAAGCAGCGGUGGGGACUCGGCGGCAAUGCCACUACACCGUCACCCCGCGCACCGAGACGCGCUCGGUGGAGGUGUCCAUCUACGGCAAGGCAGACGCCGACGUCGCGACGGUGUACCUCCCCGUCCGUACUAACGCCCAGAAGAAAGACAGCNAUACGAACAGUAAGGGCAUUCAGAAAAAGGACAGCAAAGACAAGAAUAAGGCAACAUCCGUCGAGACGGGUGGUGAGGAAGUAGUAGAGUGCGUCAAAGGGCCUGUGGUACACGACACGCUGUUUGCAACGAUGGAGGAUAUGGCCAUGGCGCUCAGGCACAAGCCGUACUUUACGCAUCCACCCAAAUUUUUGCUGAAUGUGUCCGGCAAGGAGGACGGUGAGGUGCUGCGUGAAGCCAAGCAGCGCAAGCGACAGCGAAACGGCCAGCAGGAGCAGGAUGAGUCAAAUCCCGUUGAUGCUGCUGACAGCCAGCGCCUGCAGCAGACAGAUGUGCGGCAGGCUGGUAUGAUAACUGCCGCCGCCACAACAUCUGCUCGUAUGACCACGAAGGAAGUGCAGCAGCAGCUGAAGGACAUCCCUGGUUUCAUGUCGUGUUGGAUGUUGUAUCCCCAGCAUUUCCGCUUUGUGUUCGCGAACAAAACGGCGCUAUUCAAGGCCAAGCAUCUCCUCGACCAGUUCGAGGUGGACGGGCACGUUCGGGUAUCGCUCACACUCUCAGAUGGCGCUGCGAAGGAAUUUGCCGCGUACCUAGCCUCGGUGGAGGCCACCGCGUGA